GUUAAGGCUUAUGGCAUAUGGUAACGCCUAUUGGAAAUACAGUUUUGUGAGUGUAAUAAACUUCUGAAUAUGAAAAAAUAAUUGAAAAUCUAGGCUCUAAAAGCUUAGAUUAAUAUAUUUUAAUCAUAAUAGGUUUUAGAUCUAAAAUCUAGUCUAGCUAGACUCUAGAUAUCUGGUAUUGACAGGAGGUUGAUUUUAUGAUUAUUUUUUUAAAGACGAUAAUGGAAGAGGCAUUUCCUUCUACGCAUGCGCAUUGAAUUAAAUUUACAUGGCUGGCCAUUUUUGAGGAUUACUCUUAUUCGAAUAGAAUGUUGACUUUGAAUAUGUUUCUGUUAGAUCUAAACGAUCUUAACAAAUAAUGAGAUGUGUGAAUCAUGAGAAUGAAUGCAAGGAGUCCGAUGCAGUCUUACUGGAGCAAUUCUCUUGCCAUUCGGCAAGAAAUUCAACGAUUUGAAAGCGUUCAUCCUAGCAUUUAUGCCAUUUAUGAUCUUAUUGAAGCUAUUCCCGAUCCCCUGAUUCAACAACAGAUUAGGGAACACGUAGUUUGUAUAGAAGAUUCCUUCGUCAAUAGUCAAGAAUGGACCUUGAGCCGAUCAGUACCAGAUUUGAAAUUGGGGAUUCUUGGAAGUGUUCAGAGUGGGAAAUCUGCUUUAGUGCAUCGUUAUUUGACUGGUUCAUACAUGCAGGAAGAAUCUCCCGAAGGUGGACGCUUUAAAAAGGAAGUGAUCAUUGAUGGCCAGAGCUAUCUCUUAUUAAUCAGAGAUGAAGGUGGAACUCCUGAAAUGCAGUUCACUCAUUGGGUGGAUGCAGUCAUCUUUGUGUUUAGCUUAGAAAAUGAGAUGAGUUUUCAAGCUGUCCACAGUCAUUAUGCUAAAAUGAGGCAGUAUAGGGACACUAAAGAGAUCCCUCUCAUACUUGUAGGAACUCAAGAUGCUAUAAGUGAAAGUAAUCCUCGCAUUAUUGAUGAUACAAGAGCAAGAAAGCUAGCCAAUGAUUUAAAGCGUUGCUCGUAUUAUGAAACAUGUGCAACUUAUGGUCUCAACGUUGAGCGGGUUUUUCAAGAUGCAUGUCAGCGAAUUGUACAAAUGAGGUAUCCCACUACUCCAUCAUCUGUGCCAGCUGCAGUACCCUCAACCCCAAAUCAUUCACAAAGAUCAUUUUACAUAUCACAGUCCAGCAGUAACAAGCCCAGCGACACACAUAGCAUUAGUAGCCACAGUACUAGCAGUUCUGGUACUUUGGUCACUACCCAUUCACAGCCUCCACCUCCACCCCCUAAAGAAAAAGACUUGCGAGACAGUAAGUCAGAGAAGGUAGACAAGAAAAAGGAAAAGCCUGUCCUCCAUCCUGUCCAGCAAAAUGUGUUCCCAGCAUCCAUGCAGCCCCCACAAAUUCCCAGCAUGCCUCCUCCACAGCUGGCACCCAUGUCACAGCUCUCUGACCAGCUAGACAUUCAGGCCCUACGUAGUCAGCUGCUGGAGGCAACACGUACACCACUUGCCAUGCGCAAAAAUUCCAAAAAAUUCUCCAUUAAAAAGUCCAAUUCUUUCAAUGAUAGACCAACAGAAGGAAAGGAUUUACCAACACCUAGCUCAACACCAACACAAAGCAGGAAAAAUAGAAGACGCUCUAACCUCUUUAAUCCUAAAUCUAAAGAAGAAGAGAAGAAGCAAGUGGGGGAUGGAGAAAAAGUUGGAAGUGGCAGAACAAUUCCUUUGAAACAGGGUUAUUUAUACAAGAAGAGCCAUGGACUGAACAAAGAAUGGAAAAAGAAAUAUGUGGCACUAUCUGAUGAUGGGCGUUUAGUUUAUCACUCAAAUUUACAUGACUAUAUGGAAGAUACCCAUGCUAAAGAAAUCCCACUGGUCAAGACUACUGUUAAAAUACCAGGGAUGAGGCCCCGUGGCUCUAGGGCUGUCUCAACUGGUAGUGCUGCUAAUGGGGACAUGAACAACUCGAUAGCAUUUGAUGUGUCUGGUGAUGGUCAGAUUGAUAAUUCAUUGGUGAUUCCUAAUUCUUCAAUUACUCCAGGCAUCCCUGACCAACCUAGAACAAGGCCUGAAAGGUCCCCAAUGCUGCCUAAACUAGGAAUCAACAGUUCUAGCAGGGACACUCCCAAUGUGAAGAAGAGACACCGUAGAGCUAAAAGUGGGGGGAUCAAAAAUUCCAAUCCUGGAGAUGGAGAAGAUUCUGAUGGCUAUGAGUUUGUCAUUGUGUCUUUAGAGAAUAAACAAUGGCAUUUUGAGGCACAGAGUGGGGAGGAGCGUGAUGGAUGGGUUGAUGCAAUAGAACAACAAAUUCUCUCUAGUCUUCAGGCCAAUGAUGCUGGCAAGAAUAAAAAACAAAAUAAUUCGGAUCCUGCAGGCAUUCAAGCUAUACGAUGUGCAAGGGGAAACAAUGCUUGUGCUGAUUGUUCAAUGCCAAGUCCUGAUUGGGCAAGUAUUAAUCUUGGUGCACUGAUAUGCAUUGAAUGCUCAGGGAUUCAUCGUAAUUUAGGAACACACAUAUCUCGGGUUCGAUCAUUGGAUCUUGAUGAGUGGCCGAAUGAUAUAGUUAAGGUGAUGGUCUCGAUAGGGAACAGUACUGCCAACAGUGUGUGGGAGGCCAAUACAAAAGGCAGACCCAGACCUACUCAGUCUUCACAGAGAGAUGAGAAAGAAAGGUGGAUUAGGGCAAAGUAUGAAGCUAAAGAAUUCUUACCUCCCUUACCCUAUAUAGACAUACCAGUAAAUCAGCAACUCAUUGAUGCACUGGUGCGGGAAGACAUUAGAAAUAUUAUAGUCAUCCUCGGGCAUGCAGAACCUGAAGACAUCAAUGCACCCUAUAGUAAAGAUGAUGGUAGGACGGCCCUUCAUAUUGCAGCAGCACUGGGGAAUGUCGUCUUUGUUCAGCUUUUACUUUGGUACAAUGCGAAUGUGAAAGUAGUGGACCAUGAGGGGAGAAAUGCAUUGUGGUAUGCUAGGAGUUCAGGGUCAUCUGAGUGUACAGAACUGCUUACAACCAAUGGCUGCCCUGAACAUCCCACUUUGCCGCGGCGACGAGGCAGCGUGCAGCAAGGGAAGAAUGAUGUGUUUGACAAGUUGCCAGCCAGUGUUAUUUAGGUUCUGUAUAUUGUGGGUGUGUGUGUGUGUGGGAAGUAGUAGUGUGUCUGUGGUGCAUUAGGCUGAAUGGAAUGGGCUGGUAACUGUAAUUUAUAUUUGUGUAUUUUGAUCACACUUGUGUUUUUUAAAGUAAGACUAGUUUCAUUUUACCUGCAUUUCUGCUUAACACACAUUUCAAUUAUGGUGCUCAAUCAUAUCAUGUAUAGCCAUUGUGUUACCAGUAAGGGACAUGUAGACUACUGGAGUAUUGUUUGUUUAUUUCAUUUUGAAAGUAUUGUUAAUCUUUAUCUGUGUCACAGAGUGAGAUCCGUUAUAUAGCCCUGUUUUGUUAGCACAAGGUGCUAUUUUAUCAGUUUGAUAGCGUUUCUAGUCACUGUGUGUUCAUAGAAGAUGAACGUAUAGAAAAUAAAACUGAACCUAGUUUUGUACAACUGAGAACAAAAGUGUUUUAGUAUGUGUAUUAACAUAGCUGUUGUAGAUGUUUUGGUGUAAGCUUAUGUUGAUUACAUAUGAAUUUUUUUUUUAACUGGCAAUCACAAUACUGCCAAGAGAAUAUUGUUUUAGUGCAAUUUUAGUUGGUGAGACACACACCCUCUUCCCCCACCAGUCUAUGUAUUUUAUCUAUGUAUUUCUUGUGUUGGUGCAAAAAAAAAGAACCACAGCCGAUAUUCGCAGUAGGGAGAUUAGAUGUCACAGUGUCCUUCAUGAAAACCACCAGGUGUUUUAAGUCCCAAUUUUAAUGAGAUUUGUAGAGUCUGAAUUAGUUGAGUUACAAGACUGUGGGUAAAGUAUAUUUUUGUGAGCAUUUAGUAUCAUUGUUGGUGUAUACUUUUUAUAAAUACUUCAAAAACAUUUUUUUUUUGUAGGAAUAGAAAUUAAGUAAGCAUUAGUUUGAAAGGUUUUUAUUGGUUUCAAGAACCUAUAUCCUGAUUGUUCAGACUAUUAUGUGUUCAGACAUGAGAGCUGCCUAUUGUACCUUGAUAUUUGGGGGAUCAGAAUUUCCUUCAACAAAGUAUGAGUGAGAGACAUUGUCUAGUUAGUUCUUAGAAAUCAGUAGCAUCACAAGUUCAACAAGGUGACAUUGUUCUAGCCUUGGUCAGAAUAUUUUUUUUUUUGGUGGAUAGAAAGCACUUGAUUAUGCUGAAAUUGUAUCUUUUACUUGAUAUGAAAAUGAUGGUAUAUGGUCAUUUCAUAAUUUUUGAAGUACUUACUGUAAGUGGUUUGAGAAGUACUUUUUUUGAAGUACUUACUGUUAGUGGUUUGAGAAUUAGGGCUAGAGACUUAAUUAUUGUUAGGCUUGUUUGGUGCUAGGGAUUCAAUUAGGUUUGGAAUUAUUUUUGGUUAUACUAUUAUUAUUUUUUGUUUACUAGUGUCAGAUUAACAUUGUAAGGUACUGAAUUAACAUUAAAGUUAGUAUUGGCAUUAUUGUUAGGUACUUGUUUUAUCUCUCUUAGUGUUACUUUAAAAAUGAAUAUGUUCAUGAUGAUUUAGUAAUGUACAAUUCAUGUAUUUUGUCUGUUCUAUUUCAUCCUACAUUGCUGCUAGCUUGUUGUUUCCACCGCUUAAUUAAAUCAAGCAGACAUGAUAGGAUUUGAGUUCAACUAUUAAGUGAUACAAUCUGUUUCCCCAGCACACAGAUGUGGUCAGGUUUCUAGUGCUGUGGCACCUGAUCCUAAGGCAGCCAGUUGAAAACACCUAUCAAUCACAUGCAAUUUUUCAAACAAAUCUUCUGUUUUAUUCUGUAAAAAUCUGUUUAUUUGACAUUUAUUUUUACUUUUCAUGCCUGCAAGUUAAAUGUGACAUUCUGAUAUUGUGCUGCAUCUUAUUAUGAUCUAUAUUUCCAAGAACAUUAAGUUAUUUCAAUUAUUUAUUCACUUUGCUAUUAAAUAUAAACACCUGUGUAUUAUCAACACCACACCCUUGUACACACAAAUAUUGAUGAAUUCAAGCAUUGACUAGUUACCAGUAUUGCCACUCUGUGUGUGAUUGUACUUUGUCACCUUUGUUUUCCCCUAUAUAAACAUUGAUUGAAGAGAACUGAGAUUUAGAGCACCAUUGUUUACAUUGUGUUAGUGACAAGAUGAUUGGAUGCUGUUACAGUGAUAUGGCAUUUCUGGUGUUGUUCCAUCCAGACGUAGUAACUUACUUUUUCAUAGAACACAUACACCUAAUGUCCCUUGAGAGCAUUAGCACUAUACACAUCUUGAGUUCUGAAGAUGUGUUUGUUUAUUCAUUAUUUUUGUUCAGUUGAAUGUCACAGUUGUAGAGCUCAAACUUAAAUGUAGCUACUUUUGUUGCCUGAUGACUGGCUUACUCUUGAAGUGAUAAACAGUUAACAGUGAUGAAGGCUUGCCAAUGAUAUUUAUUAAAUACAUUAAGAAAAAAAUAUGGCCAAAUUAAUGCUUGAACUCUUCCACAAUUAUUUGGCUAUUAGUUAAGACCUUGAUGGCUAAAAACAAUUUAUUCCUUCUUGUGUGACAGGAUGUAGCACUUUCUAAUAAAUAUAGCUUGCCUCAGCACUGCAAAGUUUCAAUUAGCACAGUGUUAGUGUACAUUUGAGCGUGUAGGUGAGUUUGUUCCCCCCUACUCCCUAUCCCAUAUUGCAUGUGUGAGAGACUGAUCAAACCUCACACACAUCAUUUCUCAGAGGGCAGUGCAAUAUAUCUCUUGUAAAGGCCAGACUGUACAUGUGUCCAUAUACUGUAUAUAGUUUUGAUUGGAAUGUCUCCACAGAACUGAAGACAUGAUUUGUGUGUUCAGUGUAGAUAUGUGACUUCAAAUAAAAAUAUAAAAGAGUUUCAAUGACACCAUUCAUCAAGCACUUGUGUGUUCUUAUUAUUUUACUAACCAAUUACUAACUCACUGUGUAUACUUCACUAGAUAGGAUUCACUCACUUAUGCUGAGACCUUUCGUAACAGAAGGCCUGAAACUGACUUGCAACAUCACAACCUGUGGGCAGUUUAGACCAAUAGCUUGUUGCCAUGUCACAGGUGUGUAUUGCUAUUGGUGUAAACUGCUAACAGAUUGUGAUGUUGCAGGUCAGUGUUCAGGCCUUCUAUAACAAUUGGUCUCACUCAUGGCACACUCACUAGAAAUAAAAAAUAAAAUCCCUAUUUAAUAAGAAUCAAAAACUGUAAUUUUUUUUUUUUAUCUUAAUAAUGUUGAAAAAUUCAUUAGGAUCAGUGUCAUGCAAUUUUAUUUGUAUUUGUUUUUUUUUUAUAAUGCUAAAUAAAUCUUUUUUUUUAAAAAGUCCAAGAUGUUCAUACAAUAUUAAAAUUAGAUAUUUUAAAGUUAAACAUAUCAUGCUAGUCUUUUGAUCAACGCUGAAUGUUGAAGAGCUCUUAGCAACUAAUGUGAAUGUGAAGUAUUUCUGUAGUUUGAUACAUGUCAAGGUCUCGCUUAAUUUGUGUAGUUGUAUGGAUUACUUUUAGCCUGACAGCAACUGGGAAUAUAAAUCUUAAAUAUUCUUUGUACAUCCAAUUGUUUUGUUUCUUGUGUCUACUCUUGUGAUGCUCAAUGUGGUAUUAAGAUAAUUGUGUGAGUGAGAAGGGCUUCCAGAGAUAGUAGUUCAGCCCCACAGAACUCUUCACUGACUUACUUUGGGAAGCUCUUUGUAUUUUAGGACUGGCAGUGGUAAAUAAAAGACAAGUUUCUAUUCUGAUUUCUAUGAUAAUACUAAAUUAAAAAACAUUUGAUGAUCAAUUCUAAAUUUUAGAUGCCAAACGCAAAAAAGCUAAACUUGAAUAAUUGUUAAAUAGUUAUUGUGUUUGAUUUAAUUUAGGAUUUCUAUUUCGCUCGGAAAGAUGUUGUGAUAUUUGUGUUUGCUGCUGUCCAAAUAAAAUUAAUGAGAUUAUACAAAUUA